UAACCCCGGAAGUACAGUUUAGAUCUGUACUGAGUACAGAGUGUUUGAAAAUGAGCUCUAUCGGGACCGGGUAUGACCUGUCGGCCUCCACCUUCUCUCCUGAUGGGCGGGUGUUCCAGGUGGAGUACGCAAUGAAGGCUGUGGAGAACAGCAGCACAGCCAUCGGGAUCCGUUGUAAGGACGGGAUUGUGUUUGGGGUGGAGAAGCUCGUCCUGUCCAAACUAUAUGAGGAUGGCUCCAAUAAACGCAUCUUCAAUAUUGACAGACAUGUUGGCAUGGCAGUAGCUGGUCUGUUAGCCGACGCUCGCUCUCUGGCUGAAGUCGCUCGAGAAGAAGCGUCCAACUUCAGGUCAAACUAUGGACACGACAUUCCUCUGAAGCACCUGUCGGACAGGGUGGCGAUGUACGUCCAUGCCUACACACUGUACAGCGCCGUCAGACCUUUCGGCUGCAGUUUCAUCCUGGGCUCGUACGACAAAGACGACGGGCCUCAGCUCUACAUGGUGGACCCGUCCGGGAUCUCACACGGUUACUGGGGCUGCGCAAUCGGAAAAGCAAAACAGGCUGCAAAGACCGAGAUUGAAAAACUGCAGAUGAAAGACAUGACGUGCAGAGAACUCGUUAAAGAAGUCGCUAAAAUAAUCUACAUCGUUCACGACGAGGUGAAGGACAAAGCGUUUGAACUGGAACUCAGCUGGGUUGGAGAAGUCACAAACGGACGACACGAGUUUGUUCCCAAAGACGUCAGAGAGGAAGCAGAGAAAUAUGCAAAGGAUUCUCUGGAGGAAGAGGAUGACUCUGAUGAAGAUAACAUGUAAACACAACUUUUUUUUUUAUAUAUAUUGUGAACUUUCAUGUCUUUGUUUUGGAAAAUAAAACGUUUCCGGGUCACUGGUCGAUGUCUUAUAAUUCUGAAAUCU